AUGGCCAUGACACUCCGGUUCCUGUAUCUUGUCACUUCGCUUCUCACACUCUUCUCACUCGCCUUGGGUAGUAAUGACUGCUCCAUUGAAACUUUUCAAGCCUUCUUGGACGCCAAUGGUACCGCCGCGCGUGUAGUUUACGCCCGUCACUAUGCAGAGAAUUCGACUUUUGUGAAUCCCAACAUCAGCUCCGUCACCAAUCCCACUCAAAUGCCAGCAGCGUGUGCAAUUCAGGUCAAUGCGACGACGGAUGUCGACACCUACUUCAGCUUUGGCGUCUUCCUGCCUGAUACGUGGAAUGAAAGGUUCUUCCAUGCUGCACAGGAAGGUGAAGACAUCAAUUGGGUCGAUAUGGCCGUUGGACUUCGUUAUGGCUUCGCCUCUGUAGCCACUGACACUGGCCACACGGGCUCCGACAUGGAUGGAGUCUGGUGGAAGAAUCCAGAGUCAAUCAACGACUGGGCCUGGCGUGCCAACCACCUCACUAGUGUACUGGGCAAGUUCCUCGUCGAGAAAUUUUAUGGUCAAAAGCCCAAAUAUAGCUACUUCGCCGGCUGCUCCACCGGUGGGCGCCAGGCCAUGAAAGAAACACAGAAGUUUCCACGGGACUAUGACGGCGUGAUUGUUGCCUGCCCGGCAUGGUGGACGACCCACCAGCAGCUGUACAAUCUUAAGCAGACGACCUAUCAGGCACCUCAGGGAUCAGCUCAUACAAUCCCAAUGGAGAUGUUUGCCGUCAUUGGAGCAGAGGCAAUUCGUCAGUGCGACCCUCAAGACGGACUGGUCGACAACAUCAUUUCCGAUCCACUAGGCUGUCAUUUCGACUACCUGCCAUUACUCUGUACCGAGGCAAAGACCACCAGUUGCUUGACAGGACCUCAGAUAGAGACGCUGCAUAAGAUCUACAACGACUGGGUGGAAACCAAUCAGACUUUCGUGUACACACAUCCGCUAUACGGAAGCGAAGCAAUGUGGAAUGAGAGUGGCGUCAUCGGCAACGGCAGUGUUGGCAACGAAGACUCGCAGCUGUGGUAUCCUCAACAUAUCCUCGGCCUCGCCAACUUCACUGUACAAGACUUCGAUUAUAGCGUGGUGCAAUACGCCGAUAAGACCGACCCGGGCGAUUCAUCCGCUGACAACUAUGACCUGGCCGAGUUCUACCACCACGGAGGGAAGCUCAUUCACUACCAUGGUCAUUCCGACGCCAUUGUACCCCCCGGCAUCGGCCUCUAUUACCGCGACCACAUGGCUGCCACGCUAGCGCCACAGGGUAUUGAUAUCGACGACUUCUAUCGCUUCUUCGCUAUUCCUGGAAUGGAACAUUGCUACCACACACCAUCCACCAUGGGCGCACCGUGGUAUAUCGCCGGGCCCACGCAGGCGAGCACGCUGAGCCCGUCCCUUUACAGUGUCCCCGGCUACCGAGAUGCUAAGCACGACAUCUUCCUGGCUUUAAUCAACUGGGUUGAGAAUGGUAGUGCACCCGACUACAUUAUUGGUUCUCGCUUCAAUAGUAGCCUUGAGUAUACCUCGAACACUAUCGACAAACAACGGCCGAUAUGCGCGUAUCCCAAGCUGGCGCAGUACGUGGGAUCAGGAGACAUUGAUGAUGCGGCCAACUUUGAGUGUAAGGCCCUGUAUUAG